AUGACAACAAACUAAGAAGAAAUAAUCCAAUACGAUUAAUUUUUAGAGCGCGCUUAAAAUGAAGCAGAGAAAGAACACAAUGAAGAUGAUAAAAAAAAAAGUUUUAGAAAUUCUAUGAGAAUGAGCAUAGCAGAGUUUGUUCAUCAUAAGAAAAACAGAAGUAUUCAUGUUAUAUUGAGUAUGGCUAAUUCAACAAUUGGUAGUGUUGCACUUGUUUUGCCUGCAAGUGUUUUGCAGGGAGGUUUGAUUCUGGCUAUCAUAUGCAUGACUAUUAUUGGUUUUAUCAACUAUGUUACAUGUUACUUCAUUUCUGUGUAUCAAAGAGAAGAUGAAAUAGAUUUAGCAAGUAUUGUUCGCCGUAUUUUAGGACCUAAAUGGAAAGUAGCAUUUAUAUUAUCAAGUGCUUUUUAACUCUUUGUGGCUUGUAUCAUCUACUUCCUGCUUAUUAAUAGUAUAUGCUACCCUAUCAUUCAAUUCAUAAUGCACAAAUGCGGUACUGAAAACUAUGGAUCGUCUAAAGAAAUUGUUUUUGAUAAAUUCUCUAUUUAAUACCAGGCAAUGAUCUUGUUCGUUCCUGUCUUUUUACUCUGCUCUUUGAAAGAGUUGAACUUCAUCGUGAAGUUAGGUCGUAUCGGAGUUACCUCUAUAUUUGCGUAUGGUAUUUUUUUACUCUACUGCUUCAUUGAAAAUAUUUCAGAUGGAAAUGUUUCAGAGUAUUGGGAUGAAUAAAUGUCUCUUUUCUCUAAAAACAUUGUUGGAGUUGCAGGUCCUUUCUCUUUUGCUUUCUUUGUUCAUACAAUUGUUAGUCAAAUUACUGCAACUAAUAUUAAUUUCAAAGAAAAUCCACGUAAUAUUGGAUACGGAUAUUUAAUUGUUUACUUCGCUUAUGCUUACUUUUCAAUCGUUGGUUCUAUUGGUGUUGUUGGUCGCAAAACAAAUUACAAGGAUGCCUCAAAUAUCAAUGAUUUCUUUGGAUCAGAUGAUGUAGGACCUGUAGUAGUAGAUAUUUUAUAUCUUAUCCAUCUUAUUACUGCUCUUCCAACUUUAUGUCAUGUCUCCCGUUCAUAAUUCUUUAUUCUCAUCUAAGGUGAAACAAAACCUGUUUCAUAAUUUUAAAUGCUUCUUUACAAUGCAACUUUUUGCUGCUUAGGUUUACUCUUUUAAAUUUUGUGCAUAGACCCUUCUGUUAUCAUAGAAGUGAAUGGAUCUGUUUGUUGCUUCUUUAUUGUUUAUAUCAUUCCUUUCUUCUUCCGUUUGAGGGAAUCAAAAAGGCUUGCAUAAGGUGUUGAAGAUUCUGUUUAAAACAAUUUAGUUAAUUAUACUGAUUCUACAAAUAGUAAACAAGAAGAUCCCCUUGAUGCAAAAAGAAGAGCUCCUAUUGGUAUUUUAGAAAAAAUAUUUUGGGCAUUUGCUAUGUUAGUAGGAUUAUUUUUGGCUGUUGUCACCCUUCUCAGUAUUUUUGGUGUGAAUUUAGGAUGA